GGACUAUUUCUAUCAUUUUCUCACAAUAAUAGAAAUACAAUAAAGAUUUUAUUUUUUUCCAUCACAUAUUAUACAAAAAAAUAUUAUACAGAAAUAAAAAAUUUCACUUUCAUGGCGACUUCAAAGCUCCAGGCUCUAUGGAAUCAUCCUGCUGGACCAAAAACCAUUCAUUUCUGGGCGCCAACCUUCAAGUGGGGCAUCAGUAUUGCAAAUAUUGCAGACUUUGCUAAACCUCCCGAGAAGAUUUCAUAUCCUCAGCAAAUAGCGGUUACAGCAACUGGACUUAUAUGGUCUCGCUAUAGUUUGGUAAUUACUCCGAAAAACUGGAACCUCUUUAGCGUAAACGUGGCAAUGGCUGGAACAGGCUUGUACCAGCUCUCACGAAAAAUCCGGCAUGAUUAUCUCAACGAGGAGCAACAACCCGCGCUAGCUGAAGAAUGACGACGAAAAAUGUGAUUUGUCAGGAUUAUCAAAUUCCUAAGCUUUGAAUGUUUUCCUAUGCAAUUUGAUGUUUUAGUUCUUCUCUGCUCUGCACUUCUUGUGAUACUUACCACUGUCAAUGUGGUGAUUUGAUAAGUGAUUGAGUGAAUUAAUCACAGUUGAUUAUUCA